UCUUGAAUUUUUCGGCACAGUAUAAUCUGUAAAGUAAUAUUUUUUUUCUGGUCCCGAUAAUAUUACUUCAUAGAGGUUUUACUUUUACUGUAGUUGAGGCUAUAUAUGAAUGACAUUGUUUGGUUUUGAUUCAUUCUAGUAGCUAAAAUGUGUUUGAUCCAACAUAGAAUUAAGCAGAGAUAUGUUCUUGUGGGCCAAUCCAUAGUGCAAUCUCCUACUUACCAGAAAGAGCCCAACUCAUCCUCUGGUAGUAAAAUUAGUCCAGCAGUUCUUGUUGUUAUAGUGAUUCUAGCUGUUAUAUUUUUCAUUUGUGGUGUCAUACACUUGUUUGUUAGAUUUAUCAUGAGAAGAAGAUCUCCCUUUCAAGAUUUUCAGUCCAGCAGAUACCCUGAAAUGUCGAAUUCUGAAUCUUUUCGGAGGCAAUUACAGCAGCUCUUUAAUCUGCAUGAUUCAGGCCUGGAUCAGGCUUUCAUUGAUGCUCUUCCUGUGUUUUUUUACAAGGAAAUAAAGGGUUUGAAAGAGCCAUUUGAUUGUGCUGUUUGUCUAUGUGAAUUCUCGGAGCAUGAUAAACUGAGAUUGCUUCCCUUGUGUAGCCAUGCUUUUCAUAUUGAUUGUAUUGAGACUUGGUUACUGUCGAAUUCAACUUGUCCUCUUUGUAGAGGGAGCCUUUUCUCCCCCGGGUUCUCUGUUGAAAACCCUGUUUUUGAUUUUAAUGAUUCGAGGAUAGAUGAAGAUGGGUUUUCAGGCAGUAUCCGCGUUGGUGUUUCUUGUGGUCAAAAGCCAGCUGAUCACGAGAAUGGUACUAAUGAAAAGAGGAUGUUUCCGGUGAGACUAGGCAAAUUCAGAAGCACGAAUGUAGAAGGGAAAAAUCAGCAUACAAAUGAAACGGGAGAACCAAGUAAUAGCAAUUUGGAUGCAAGAAGGUGUUACUCAAUGGGAUCAUUUCAAUAUGUUGUCGGAACCUCAGAGCUGCAAGUGGCUUUUUGCCCGAGUGCCAGUAGCAGAGAUAAGCCUGUCAAAGGGAAGAUUGGGCUGAAUAGGAGUUCUUCUAUUGAUGGGGAAUUUGAAGGUAAGAAAAUUAACAGAAGCAAAGGAGAGAGCUUUUCAGUUUCGAAGAUCUGGCUUUGGCCUAGGAAAGAUAAGUUCUCAUAUUCUGCCGAUGCUCAUAUGGUUAAUUCUUCUAGUAAUGCAAGUCUGCCAUGGAGCAUUAGAUCUCCGGUAACAUGAAGAUAGAUGUGUUGUUUUGUCAUUUUUUUUAACUUUCUUCAUUGAUCUAACCAAAGCUUCUUUGCUAUUCUACUUUUUUCUUGCUCUUUAAAUUCUUUUAAGAUGAAAACCACUGGUGAUUGCUUCUUUUUCACACACUAGAGAAAGAUGGAAACAUGCACUUUACCUUUCAUUCAAAUUAAAGAAUCUUGAUCUCACCAGUA